AUGUUGCGCAGAUACGCCCUCGGUUUCUCGGCUUCCGCCAGACCGCCCAACAUGUCCUCCAACACCUCCGUCGAGGAGACCAUCCGGUCCAAGAUCACCGCCGCCCUCUCCCCCUCCACCCUCGAGAUCUACAACGACUCCCACCUCCACAGCCACCACAAGGCCAUGCAGGGCAGCAGCUCCAAGGAAACACACUUCAGACUCGUCAUCGUCUCCGAGGCCUUCGGCACCAAGAUGCAAUCCGCCCGCCACCGCAUGAUCUACGCCCUCCUCCGCGAGGAGAUGGCCCGCGAGGGCGGUAUUCACGCCCUGCAGCUCAAGACCCUGACGCCCGAGGAGGAGGAGAAGCAGAGGGAAGCGAAGGCGGCCAAGGCCGCGGCCAAGAAGGCCGCUCAGGACGCCCGCUCCUCGUCCGACGACUCGGCUUGA